AUGCUGAAGGGGCGCGAGAGCCUGGUCCGCCUCAUCGGCCGGCGUCGCCGCUCCCCUCUCCCCGCCUCCCUCGCCGCCGCCCUCCUCUCCUCCCCCGCUCCCUCCCACCAGGCCGACGACGCGGACGCGGACGCGGACGCGGGCGCGAGCGCGAGCGAGGCGGCUGAUGCUGGCCCGUCGUCGGGAGGGGGCGCCAGCGCCGGCGCGGAGCGGGUGGCCUGCCCCGUCUGCGGCGAGUCCAUCCGCGGCUCCGACUACAACGUCAACGCCCACCUCGAUAUAUGCCUCACAAGAGGAGCGAAACGGAAGCUAACACAGAGCAGCCUUCUGGAUUUCAGAUUCAGUAAAAAAGCAACAGUUAAGCCUAAUCCAGACAGUGUGGACAAUGAUGACGAGGCAGGAAAUAAGGGACUGGCAGGUGGAGACGUAUCUAGUGACACCGCAUUUUUAUCCAGGAAUAGUAGUAGUGACCCUGGAAGCCCCGAGGAUAGUGCUACCCCUUCAUUAACUGCCUGCCCGCGUGGUUCACCUGACAUUUCCGAGAUGCAUGAUACAUGUAUACCUUCAAAUGUUGUCUUGCCCAAUACGAAGAAUGCUGAAAAUGACGGCGCAGUCGAAAAGGACUCUUCCUACAUGCUUUCAGCAGGAACAACUUCUGGCAGUAUUGAUGCAUGCCCAGAUGUGGGUUCUAGCACCAAGGUUGUUGUUGACACUGUCAUAGUGGGCCGGAGGUUCCGUGAAAACAUUGAACUGCAAGAAGGUGUGGGCAUUACUGUUUUGAGAGAUCCUCAGAAUGCUAAGGAUCCUGAUGCUAUCAAGGUGCUUUAUGCAGGGUCUGAAUGUGAGCAGAUGCUUGGAUACUUGCCCCGAGAGCUGGCUAAAGUCUUGGCUCCUCUACUGGACAAACACUUUGUUGAGUGCGAGGGAGUUGUGGUUGGUUUGCCUGAACAGCAGCUUGACAAUGUGCCUAUCCAUCUAACUUGCCAGAAAUGUGAAGAUGACAAUGAGGGAUAUGAAGAUCUGAGAUACCGACAAUCCUUGUGGGAAAAUUUUCUUGGUGUUGUUAGAAAUGGAAAUUUACAGCGACCUAGCAGUGCAAGAUACCAGGAAAAUUUUAAUACCAUGCUAACGGAUGUUAUGACCAACCAUACACACCUUUUCAGUGAUAAGGAAACAUCAUUUCUAGGUUCUUUUAAGUCUCUAUCGAAUGAUGGCCAAAGGCUUUUUGUGAGGAUUUACAGUCGAAAAGGGCCGUGGUUUCGAGUGAGGAGUAUCUCGUAUCGUGAAAUAUCAGAUGUGGACCAUGCAGCCAUGGAGUUAAAGUUGGCAGGUUAUAUAGAGAUGCUUUCUUGCACCGAUGUUCCAUCUGAAUACGAUAUUAAAGAGAUUCUCGAUGUGCUAAGUGUUCCAGAAAUGAAGGAAAUGCUAAAGGAACUCCCUAAGGAGAACACAAACUGCACUCGUCGACAUGAGAUUCUCAGCACUCUUCUCUCUAUAUACAAUAAUGGAACCUGCACAACUCUACCAAAGCGAAUUGUGAAAUGGACGGGAACCUGUAUAAAAACCUCCAAUAUGGCUGAUGAACUUCUGUGGCGUGUUCAGAGGCUCUUUUUUCUAAAUGGUGAUCAAGAUCUUUCAUCAUUUCUAUUAGUGGAUCUUGGUCUGGUGAAAUUCCCAGACUACACGUGCAGCAUCUCUCAUUGUAUUUUUCAAGAAAGAAAUGAUUUACUGGAGUAUGAAGAGGCUAUUCGAGUGGCACAGUUCAUGGAUGAAUCUCUUGAUAAUGAUAACAUGGAAAUGGUGUCAAGAUGCGCCGAUUUGUCUGAGAAUCGACUAUGCACUAUGUUUAAAGACAAAGAUAGCAGUUUUGCUGAAUCUCCUCCAUCAUUCUAUUCAUGCUUUUCACCAACCUGGAUCUAUUCAAAAGUACUCACAUUAGGUGUCUCUGUUUACGAACGCGAACGCAGGUAUGCAGAUGCAAUAAGGACUCUAAAGAUACUACUCAGUAACGUUUCUUCUGGUAGACGGCGAGGAUAUUGGACUCUGAGGCUAUCUGUUGAUUUGGAGCAUAUGGGCCGCCCAAAUGAGAGCCUUUCAACAGCUGAAGGAGGAGUAGUUGAUCCAUGGGUCCGUGCUGGGUCAAAGAUUGCACUCCAAAAGAGAGUUCUGCGUUUAGGCAAACCUCCACGAUGCUGGAAAGUUCCUAGUUAUGCUGAUUCUCUUAGGAGAAAUAUAAAAGAGGUAAACAUCGAAGGAAGGCCAUUGAAUUGUGAAAUAGGAGCAAAGAAUGUUUUUUAUGGCUAUGAUGGGGAACGCUGUGGGGUAGAGCAGUUAGCUUUGCAAUAUUAUGCUGAUGAAGGAGGUGGUUGGCAAGGUACCCAUUCAGAAGGUGGGAUAUGGAUGACAAUCUUUGGCCUUCUGAUGUGGGAUGUAAUAUUUUCAGAAGUAUGCGAUGUUUUCCACUCUAAAUUUCAGACAGCCCCUCUUGAUUUUGAAACAGAUGACUUCUACAAGUCAAGAAAGGACCUUAUAGAAACACAGUUGGAAAAGAUACAGGACGGAAUGGCGGAAGAGAUGCUUAUCAGCUCAUGGGAACUACAUCAAGGGACAUCCUGCAAGGGUGUCAACUGGGACCGGCAUUCUAUGGCAGACCUACGAGCUGUCGUUGCGUGUGUUGGCGGCCAUCGCUUAGCGUUGCUGCUCCGGCAUCUAGCCCUUGAUUAUAGGAGUUGGUCUGGUGGAAUGCCUGAUUUGCUGCUAUGGCGUUUCCUCGAUGAACGAGGUGGUGCUGAAGCUAAACUUGCGGAGGUUAAAGGACCAAAGGAUCAGCUCUCUGAGCAGCAACGUGCUUGGAUUUUUGUCCUGAUGGAUUUUGGAUUUGAUGUGGAGGUUUGCAAAGUGAGCUUAGUUUCUAAGCGGAGAUAGCUCCCCUCUAUUCCUGGUGUAUCAAUUUCUUUAUAUUUAUUUCUUCGGCAAAAUGUAUUCAAACAUACCAAAAGCUGUGACAAGUAUAAGCAGCAUUGUUUUU